AUGAACCUACCUCACGAACCCUUGUCUAGUGCUGAGCAGUCCGCUGGGCGCCUGCAGGACGUGUUGCUCAACUUGCAGAGAGGGCGCGACAUUAAGCGGUGAGAAAUAUACUUGUGGUGAAUGAUCUAGCAAUACAUGAAGGUAGAUCAACGUCCGGACAUGAUUUGGUAGGAAGCCUUGUAAAUGCAGAAGUGCGCAGGAACGAGGGUGUUGCAGAAGGGGUGGUCCUAGGCGCUGGAACAACGUGGAACGAUCUUGCAAUUGUUACUCGAACCACCCCUUGA